ACCCAAAAUUGUCAACACUAUCAUUUUCAUUGAUUCAUUAAUAAUCAUAAUAUCUUCUUAGUAACAAUACUUACUUACUUUAUCACAAUCUUCAUUCAUUCUCCUCACAAAUAAGGAAACUAAACAGUACUUUUCAUUCAUUCAUUCAUGGAUUCUUCUUUUUCCACUUCUACUCCUCAUCACCGUUCAUCAGAACGCCUAACUAAACAAACAUCGUCACCUUCACCAUUAUCUCUUCUCCGAUCACCAACAAAUUGUCUUCCACUAAGAGAGCUUCUCCUAAUGUCUCCUCCAUCUACCAGAAAAUCCAAGCCGCGGUUUGACGAGGAGCUCUUGGAGUCUAAUGGCGUAAGGCAACGCCGGUGUAGUAAAACCCGAGGAACAGCAGCUCUGUCUUCACCAAGAAACUCCCGAAGAACAAGGCGGUGUUAUGAGGUUGAGGUUAGGGAAGAGAAGGAGAAUGUGUUGGUGGAUGAGGUUGGAAAGCAAAGGAAGAGAAGACAUAAGAAGGAUAGACUUAGUUUGGUACCUUUUCAACCACCGCAAGAAACUUUUUCUCCAACUGGUGAAGAGAAUGGAGGUGAUUUGGAUCGCAUUGGAAUGUUGAUCACUGAAUUAAUCAUGUGGAAAGAUGUAACAAAAUCAACCCUUUGGUUUGGUUUUGGAUCUCUUUGUUUCUUAUCUACAUGUUUCACCAAAGGAAUCAAUUUUAGCAUAUUCUCUGCUAUCUCGCAAUUGGCAAUUCUGAUUUUGGCUGUUUCGUUUUUCUCAAAUUCUGUUUGUCAAAGAGGCCAAGCUAAGGGAAGGGGUUAUGUCAAACUGAAAGACGAUGAUAUUUUACGUCUUGCGAAAUUGAUUCUUCCUGCUUUGAAUUUUGCAUUUUCAAAGACUACAGAGUUGUUCUCUGGAGAACCAUCCAUGACCCUGAAAGUAGCUCCUUUGCUUCUACUAGGAGCUGAGUAUGGCCAUCUUAUUACAAUUUGGAGGCUCAGUGCCAUUGGAUUUUUUGUCAACUUCAGCGUGCCGAAGCUUUAUUCUUGCUACUCUGCUCAGAUCAACCAGCGAGUUGAGUGCUUGAAAUUGCGACUGUUGGACACAUGGAAUGCUUGCAGCCACAAGAAGAUUGUGGUCGUAUCGGCACUUGUUACCUUUUGGAAUCUAUCCACUAUAAGAACUAGAAUCUGCACAGCAUUUUUAUUGAUAGUAUUACUCAAAUAUUUUCAACAAAAUGUCACGCAACAAGUUGAAGAUGGAGAAGCACAAGCGGCAGACAAGGAACAUCGGCAGGCAUUGUUGGUUGCAGAACCAGAAGAAGAGGAACCACAACAGGCAGUACUAGUUGUUGCAGAGCAGCGGUGCCAACGUUAGAAGUUCAUUCGGCUGACUUAACACGAAUAUAUAUCUUACAUCCAUAAAUGAAACUUUUCUUUGUAAUAGUCAUAGUACUCCUAUUGCACAAACUGAUUCAAGUUGGUGCAUAAAUAUUUUCUUUCAUUUCAUGACACUUAACACGUGUAUGUAUCUAGCAGCCAUACAUGAGGCAUUUCUUUGUAUUAAAUAGUUUAAAAAUAAAUAAAAAGCUUCCAUUUUAAAGCUUUGUUUGAUUA